AUGAUUGGAUCGCACCGGGAUCAGGCACAUUUCGACCGUGCUAGGUGGCGGAAGAGGAUAUUGUUGCCAUGCUGGAUCGUCCAAGUACCGAUACUAUUGACCCUCGUUGGUCUCUUUUCCUACCGACUGUCCAACACGGUCCGCGAAUUCAAGAAUGACGAGCUAAAGGGCGAUGUUCCCAUGGUCGAGUUUGUAUGGGAAUGUGUGAAUAUUGCCUUUUCGGCCGCCUCCCUCGUCAUCAACCUCGUUCAAAUCGCCAAGUUUAUUGCGGAAGCACUUACUCCGUUCGCCAUGGUGUUUGGCAAUGCUGUUAGCUUGACACUGUCGGCGGCCAUCUUGGCCCUUGACAUUACCGUCUACAUCCAGCAUGAUGACCGGCAUUAUUCCUCUGCUGGUAUUGGCUUGGACUGUGCCCUUCUCUUCUUCACCAUUGUGCCAAUCAUCUACGGCACCAUAGUCUUCCGUCGACUCUCCAAGCUCGACGAGUACCACCUUCAGCAUAAUGUCAAGGCCUUUGGCUUUAGCUCAGAGUAUGACACGUCGUACAAUCCCAAGCGGACAAGUCUCAACGAUGCCGACCCCGAGGCCCUCUACGAUCCCGGGUCAACAUCAUCGCGCAGACAAUCGUUCAGCCUCAAGAACGUGAUACCCAGCAAAUCAACGACCGUCGAGCCCGCCAAGACGAGUCCCAAGCCCGCCAUGGAGCGCAGGGAGAGCUAUAACCACGAGCGCGACACCAAGUUUGACGAGUACAUUGCCCGACGUGCCAGCAUCAGCUCGGCCCAGGAGGGAGGCAUCGACUUGGGUCUGGGAUCCGAGUUUGGCGGUGCCAGCGGAACACGGUCCCGAGGCAACUCGCUCACGCGCACGAGCUGGGAUCCGAACACGGCCUUGAGCAUGAUGGACGCCGCGACACAACAAAUCCCCGCGCGAGGCCAUGCCCUCAAUGCCGUGCCCGAGUCGCUCGAGGAGGAAGACAUUGCCGGUAGUACCAAGUCCACGACCACGACCACGACAUCGCCCCCGCGCAGUCGGCCCGUCAGCGAAACCAUUACGGGCGCGGGCACCGUCGACCGCCACGCGUCCGUCAAUAGCGGCGUCAGCUCCGUGACGGACGUGACGGCGGUGACGGGAGUCAGUGCCAUGAGCUCGCACCACAAUUAUGUGUCUCAGGCGCGAGACCCGCGUGGUGGUCAGGAGAUGGAGGAGAUUGAGUUGAGGAAUUAG